UCGCCACUUUUCCCAACUCUUUCCUCGAUCUUCGUCGCCACCGCCACCAUGUCUGAGACCGCGCCCGCCGCGCCCGCCGCCGCGCCCCCCGCGGAGAAGACGCCCGUGAAGAAGAAGGCGGCCAAGAAGCCCUCCGGGGUGCGCCGCAAGGCGUCCGGGCCGCCGGUGUCCGAGCUCAUCACCAAGGCGGUGGCCGCCUCCAAGGAGCGCAGCGGCGUGUCGCUGGCCGCGCUCAAGAAGGCGCUGGCGGCCGCGGGCUACGACGUGGACAAGAACAACAGCCGCAUCAAGCUGGGCCUCAAGAGCCUGGUGAGCAAGGGCACCCUGCUGCAGACCAAGGGCACCGGCGCCUCGGGCUCCUUCAAGAUCAGCAAAAAGGCGGCCUCUGGCGAGGCCAAGCCCAAGGCCAAGAAGGCGGGCGCGGCCAAGGCCAAGAAAGCGGCCGGGGCGGCCAAGAAGACCAAGAAGCCCGCGGGCGCGGCCACCCCCAAGAAGGCCGCCAAGAAGACCCCGAAGAAGGCCAAGAAGCCGGCGGCGGCCGCGGGAGUCAAGAAGGCGGCCAAGAGCCCCAAGAAGGUGAAGGCUGCCAAGCCCAAGAAGGUCGCUAAGAGCCCCGCCAAGCCCGUGAAGGCCAAGGCCGCCAAGGCCAAGACCGCCAAGCCCAAGAAGGCCGCCCCCAAGAAGAAGUAGGUCCGCACCCGCUUCUAAACCCAAAACGGCUCUUUUCAGAGCCACCACGGAUCUCA